AUGUACUGUGGCCAGGGGUGUGCACUGUUCACCUGUACCCAUAAUGGACACCGUGAACACCAUCAUGGAGGGGCCUCGGGCAUCCAAGGACUGGCCAGAGGAUUUUGUUACCUGGACAAGGAUGGCAGCCGGCCCCUGGAUGAAGGGGAGCUGAGGUAGGGCCUGACACAGCUGGAGCUGGAGGUGGACAAGGCAGAGGCAUGCAGAUGCUGGGACUGUGAUGGCAGUGGGACCCUGGAGGAGUUCCUAUGGGUGCUACGGUCACUGCCCCCCUCCCAUAGCCCCCCCCUGUCCCAGACUCGGGAAGCUGUCACUGCAGCUGCUUUUGCCAAGCUGGACCGAACUGGGGAUGGUGUGGUGACUGUAAAUGACCUGAGGGGUGUGCAAUGGGGAGUGGACAGAGGAAGCUGCCUCCCCACAAGGCAGUAUCCUUGGUCUGGGUCCCCCUCACAGCCACAGGUCACACUAGCUGAGUUCCAAGACUACUACAGCGGACUCAGCGGCUACAGACCUAGUUUGUGGCAAUGGUGA